AUGAAGGCGAACCUGAUCUACGACGCAUCGUCCGUGCGCAACGACGCCGGCCAUGCGUCGUCAUACAAAUGGCUACUGCUGCUGCUGCAAUGCCUCUUGUCGGCAAUGAACCAAGCGCUUUGCUUUUCGUACGCGCCGAUAUCUCGCAUCGCCGAUACGGCGUGGCAGCACGAGGUGCACUCGUCGUCGCUCAUCACCAUCUUCUUUCUCGUGUACCUUCCGUUUGCAUUUUUGGGCUCGUGGAUCUUGGACCUGCGCGGGUGGCGCGUCGGCGUGCUGCUCGGUGCCUUUGUCCAAGCGGUUGGCGCCAUCUUCCGCGCCGUCUCGUCCAACAUGGACAUGGCCUUUCCCAUCGCCAAGGUCUUUCUGAUCAUCGGCCAAGUCUUGGCCGCGAUCGGCAUGCCGUUCAUGGUCAACUCGCCGCCCGUGCUCUCAGCGCUGUGGUUCCCGCCCCACCUCCGCGCCCGCGUGACGUCCAUGGGCGUCAACAGCAACCAGCUCGGUAUCGUUGCCGUGUACUUGGCCGCGCCGGUCCUCGUGGCGGGGCCGGCGGACCUGGCAAAAUGGGACAGGCUCCUAGCGAUGUCGGCCACGGCCUUGUUUCUACUGGCGUUCGUGUGCUUUCGCGUCCCAAAGUACCCGCCGAUGAUCCCAAGCGCGUCCGGCGCCUACGACUACCGGCAGUGGGUCACCGCGUUCCACCACCCUGGCUUUAGCCUCACGGUGUUCGUCUUUGCCGUGGCCGAGAUGGCCGAGAACGUCCUCGCCGCGCUGCUCAACCGCUUGGCGUCACCCCAACACGGCUUUGCUCGCACCACCCAAGGCGCGAUGGGUGCGGCGUUCAUUCUGAGCUCGGUCCUUGGCGGCUUCCUCGUCGGGUCGUGCGUGGACGCGUCGGGGUCGCACAAGGCCGCGAUCGUCGUCUGCAGCCUCGUCGCGGGCGGACUCUUGCUUGGAUUUGGGUACGUGGUCGCGGCGGUCGAUGUGACGUGGCACGUGUCCGGCUCGUUUGCGCUGCUCGUCGCGUUUGGCUUCUUCCUCGGCCCGUUGCAUCCGAUUGCUGUCGAGCUUGGCGCCGAGUGCGCGCACCCGACGUCCGAAGCUACGGUGGCGGCGCUCCAGCAACUGCUUGGGAACGCCUUGUCGGCACUCCUGCUUCCGCUCCUGAGCCUUCUACAGCACUGGCUCGAGGGCAACGCAGCCGCGGCAUUGAUCGAUGACGACGAUGAGGACGACAGUAGUAGCAGCAGCGACGGCCCCACCGUUUUAGGACAGUGGUGGCAGCUUCUCGCCACGCCGGUGGGGGUCGUGUCCCUGCUCUUGCUUUUCGCCGGCAUCAUCUUCACGCAGUAUCGCGGCGCGUGGAAGCGGUCGCAGUACGCGGCUGUGCCGCCGGGCAGACCCCAUCUCGGCAUCUAGUCAUUGUCGUCGUCGUGCGUAAACAUAAGUGGUAGCGUUGCUGUUUCCA